AUGGGAGUGACUUAAACAUGUAUAAAAGAAAAGAACUCUACCCCACAGAUUGAAUAAGCAGUUCCUAUGAUCUUGAAAAGAAAACCUCUAGGCAAAAAACCUCGUAAAUAGAAUAUCUUAAUUCCUCCUUUAAAGUAUUUAGGAGAAAAUGAAGAAUCAUUGGAAUAACUAGAGUUAACAUUAUAAGAAACUAAUAUAAAUUUUAGUAUUCACAAAACUGCUACUUUUAAUAGUAGUAGUGCUAAUAGAUAAUCUCUUAAGAUUAAUUAAAGUUUGAACCUGUCUCUAAAUACAACAACUCCAAAUUCUAUACAAUAAUAAUAAAUGAUUCCUAAUACAUCUUUUUAAGAAACUAAUUAAGACAACUAAGAAUAAAUUGUAUAAGGAAAAUAAUAAUACAAGGAAUCACAAUUUAAGAUGCGUUCUGAUGCAUUAAAUAAUAAAAGAGAAAAUUUUGGAAGAAGUUUAAGUAGUAAUUCGAAAGCUUAAAGAGCAUAGAAUUUUAAUGAUGAAUCUUCUAUUUCAUAAAGAAAAGAUUCAGAAGCAAAUACAAAAAAAAGCAUUUUGAAAAAUAAGUAACCUGUAAUAGCAAAUUAACUAAAAAGAGGAAUAAGUCUUAAAUAGUAAUAACUGCCAAUAAAUUUCGAUGAUACAUAAUCAUAAAAAACAUCUAAGAGUUAAAAAAGAGUUAAGUUUGAUCCAAAAAUAUUUCGCCCUAAGAACACUCAUUUUUUAUAAUGA